UUGACAUUUUUUAAAUUGAAAUUUGAAAAUUGAAGGCCGGCUGGUACUGUGCGUUGAUCAAUAAUACUUUCCAGUUUCCGUUUAAAUAAGAAGCAAACCGUUGUUCUAAAUAGAUUUUAAUAUGGAUGAUACAAUCUUAUUUCCUUCGCCAAAUUGGUUUCAAACAUCAGGCAUAGCUGUAAGUCCCGAUGGGUGGCUCAUUUACGGAGGUCCUAGUAAAAGCCUUUGUGUGGUAAGACCGGUAAAAAAAUCAGAAAAUCUCCAUCAAUCUUACCAAGCACAUGUCUUGAACAGAGCACACAAUGAAAAAAUAGUCAGUGUAGACUUUACACCAGAAUGGCCUGAAAAAAGAUGUGUAGUUGCUGGCAGUGCUGAUGGUAUAGUGAAACAAUGGUCCCUAUGUAUGAUUGAUAAUUCAGUCAAAAUUAAAUUUCAACAAAGUCAUGACAUACACCACACUGAAAAGGAGGAAGUGGUUGGUGUGGGCUAUAGCAAUGAAACAUUUGUUGUGACAGUUGGCAAUUUUGGUAACAUUGUUAAGUGGGAUGUAUCUACAAAUAUCGCUAAGUCUUUCAACACAUUCCUUAAAAGUUUUAAGCCAACUUGUCUUGCAUGUUCACCACACAUACUACUAAAUGUUGCUGUAGGGACUAAGCAGGGUGUAGUUUUUGUAAUUGACCUAAAUGGUACUGGUAAGGUUUUAUACAAAGUCAGAGGGCAAAAUGAAGAAAUUGUGAAUGUAUCAUGGUGUCCUAAGUAUGAAGUUAUAGUUAAGAAAUCUUUAGAGGAAUCUCAGAAAAAAUCACAUCUAUCCGAUAGAUUAGCAAAAAUAAGACUAGAAGGUGAAGUGGCUGAGGGUUUAAAUAAAUCUGGUGUAACCAAAGAUUUACCUGAUGAUAGUUUUGAUGAUUCCAUUGUGCAAGAAGACGACAUGUUCGAUAUUUACAAAGAUCACGAAGAAGAUGAGUUUGGCCACAGAAAAUAUAAGCCUGAGAUGAUUGUCGUUAAAACUAAGAAAGAAAAAGACAACAAUAGUGAUUUUCUAGCUGAAUGUAUGAAGUUAAAAGAGGAUUUGUUGAAAAUGAAGAAUGCUCCGGAAGAUACAAUUGAAGAUCUCGUAGAUGCUAUGGAUAAGGCACAUGUGAGUCAAGAAAUUAAUGAAAGAGAAAUUAAUGAAAAAGAAAUUAAUGAAACAAAAAUUAAUGAAAAAGAAAUUAUUGAAGAAGAAUUACCAAGUGAAAUUCAAGAGAAACCUGAUAGAGUUGAAGUGAGCUGCCAUCCACAUAAACAUCUUUUGGCGUCCAUUGGAAAGCAAGGUGGUGUUCGGAUAUGGUCAAAAUCAGGCAAGUUGGUAUCAAGUUGCGCAGUUGCAAAUGCAAGUAAAAACCAGAAACAUAAGAUUCCAGCAUGGGCAACCCUGCUGUGGUAUAAGCCUGAAACUUUACUUAUUGCUGAUGGAAAGAGCCAACUGCUUACAUGUAAUCCACUCAAAUUGGAUUGUAAAAAUAAAAUGAAAUGGCAACUGGAACACAGCUUACACAAACGCGGCCUGUUUUGCAUUGCGUCUAACGCACCAAAACUACAGUCACCUAAAGAAAAAACUAUUGAACAGUCAACGGAUCAAUCAGACAAUGCAUCCAGUGAAAUCAGUAAUUGUAAAGUAAUUGAAGAGGAUUGGAUAGUCUGGUCUGCGUCACAAGAUAGGAACUUAGUGUGUUAUUCAGUGGAAAAGCAUGAAACACUAGCCGUGUAUAAUUCAUGUGGAGGAUAUGUUUAUACAAUUGAAUCAUGUCCAUAUGAUGCCAGACAGGUAGCCAUAAGCGUAGGUGAUGGAGCUGUAAGAAUAUGGGAAGCAGAUAUAGAUGAGGAUGAUCCAAAACUAUAUAGAGGAACUGUACAUACAUACUGGCAGAAUGUUCAAGGAAAAGUUCUUACUGUUACAUGGCAUCCCACUACUGAAAAUCUAUUGGCGUUUGGUACAGCUGAGUCUAGGGUAGGUCUAAUAGACACGGGCGGUAAAACUGAGAAGCCAGCGCGUACCCUAGUACCAGCUUUGCGUGGAGGCAUAUAUUCUAUGUGCUGGGGUCCCAAAGACUGUUUGUAUGCGUGUGGUGGGGGUGAACUUGUAAUGUAUCACACUAAGAAUGUUACUGCAGAUCCAACACCAAUAACGGUAGAGAUAGACGGCAAGAAGUGGGACCUGUCAGCGGUGCAGUGGUACGAGCGAGGCAUUCUGGUUGGUAGCGGGCACGGGGCGGUCGCUAUGUUGAAUCAUGCACACGAACUGAUUACUGCUACUUUUCUGUUUAGUAAAAUGAUACAUCACAUGGACUGGCAUCCGCAGCAAACCUCGAGUUCAAAUGAAGAAUCUCCAUAUAAGAAUCUCAUAGCUGUCAGCUCUUUGGACAAACAGAAUAGUAUUGUUAUACUGGAGUAUGACGAGAAAGAAGAAGUGCCAAAGUUGCAAGUGUGGAAAACACUAACAGGACACAAAGGGUCUGUGUUGCAAGUAGCAUGGAAUCCUCACAUAGAAGAAUUGUUAUUGUCUACUUCGCAAGAUUGCACCGUGCGUGUGUGGGACAUAGCGUCGGGCUCGUGGUCGCACGCGAUGGGCGGGCACGCGCACACGGCGCUGGGCGGCGCGUGGAGCGGGCAGCCGGCGCGCGCGCGCACCGCGCUGUCGGGCGGCGGGGACUGCGCGCUAAGGGCCUGGGACAUCGACUGCCAUCCGGCCGACAACUUCCGAGAAGUUCGGCAUGAAAACCAGAAAGACAAAAGGAAGAAGAAAGAUAAAAAAAUUGAAGAAGAUCUAACGACAGCGAUAGUUUCAGAAAAUAUUAUAAAACCGCACAAGAAGUUCCUCUUACCAACUAUGAAUAGUCAAAUGUAUCCUUUGACUGGGUUGAAAAUAAGAAAAUUGGCGGAAAAAUACUUAAAUAAUGCUGAUAUUGCAAAAGACCAACCAGAGCUGGAGACUGGAACGGACUUUCUAAAAAUGUUUGGUACCACCAAUGAUGUUAAUGCCAUCUUGGAUUUGGAAAUGAAAAACCAUCUAGAAAACGACAGACCUGAGUCGUGGAUAAUGAUGUCAAUAUUCCGCGGUGAAAUGGCCGCCAUGAUUCAGCACGCGAGCCAGUCAGAUUUCCUGUGCCCUUUCCUUGUUAGUUUGGCGCCUUGCGUUUCGUUCAAGUAUUGGAAGGAUACAAUGCAGUUAUAUUUAGCUCAGAUAGACAGGAUGAUUGCCAAGGGAGAGAGAGAGAAACUGAGACCUAACAGAGAAUAUGGCGGAAUAAUAUUGAGGAAAACAGCAUUGUUACUGAGUGUGCACGAUGUGAAGAAGGCAGUGCAACUGCUUAAUGAGGCGAGGCUUUUUAAAGAAGCCUAUUUAUUAUCGAGAACUAGGCACAUGGACAGUAUAGCUGAAGAGACACUCAAAUUGUGGGCCGAGGACAGCAUAAAAAAUGGAAUGUACCCUUUGGCUAGUGUUUGUUACAUAAUACUAAAUGAUCCAUACCAAGCUGCAGUCGCGCUGUCGAAAAUAAAUAGUCAUGAAUAUUUGAAACUCGCGGCUGAUUUAGCUAAAAUGGCGGGUCAAAUAAAAUUCGCAGAACACAUAGAUGAUAAAUUACAACAGAUUGAAAAUACCAAUGAUGAAGAAGAGACAGAAGACUUAGAACCUUUGCCUUCUAGGGCGGAGUUGUUAACUGAACUAGCUAGUGUGGAAAAUGCCAAAAAUGUUAAUAAUGUUACAGUGUAAAUAAACGUUUUUUUAUUUUAGUAA